AUGCAUCCACGCGUGAUAUUGCCCGCCUUGUUGGCAUCCGCUCCGCUAGUUUCAUCUGGCUCUAUACAAGGCCUGACGGAUCUGGUCAAGCGGCACCUCCCACAACUUUCAGAAAACAUCUCAUUUAUCCUUCAUGAAGAUAAAUACACUUCAAAUGCAUCAAACGACCAGUUCGUGGUUCAUUGUGAUGCCGGCAAAGUGAAAGUUGAGGCAAACUCCGUCACUGCUCUAGCUUCAGGGUUGCACCGCUACCUUGCUGAUGUUGCGCACGUUGACAUCUACUGGUCCAUCGGAAGCAAGUUGCAUCAGCUCCAGGCCUUGCCUGCAUGCGAGCCACUAAAUGGGUCAAGUGUUGUUCCCUGGAGAUAUCAUUUCAACACGGUCACUUUUUCGUAUACCACAGCCUUCUGGUCAUGGGAAGACUGGGAGCAUGAGCUCGACUGGCUUGCUUUACGAGGUGUCAAUCUACCCUUAGCCUGGGUGGGCUACGAAAAAAUCUUACUGGAGACUUUUCUGGAUGCCGGAUUUGUCCAAGAACAGAUCUUGGAGUUCUUCAGUGGUCCUGCUUUUCAAUCAUGGAACCGGCUUGGCAAUAUUCAGAGCUCGUGGGUGGGCGAGCUCCCCUUGUCUUGGAUCGAUUCGCAAUUAGAGCUGCAACAGAAGAUCCUAAAGCGCAUGAUUGAGCUCGGAAUGACCCCCGUCCUACCAGCCUUUACUGGGUUUGUGCCACGAGCAUUUCCAGUACUGUUUCCUGAAGCGGAUGUAGUCAACAUGUCGCGGUGGAAUGGCUUUAGCUCCGAGUUUUCAAAUGUCACAUUUCUAAGGCCUUCCGAUCCGCUAUUCGCACUUCUACAGAAGAGUUUCUUACAGAAGCAAAAGGAGUACUAUGGCAAUAUUACUCAUAUAUAUACCCUCGACCAGUUCAACGAGAAUGAUCCUAUAUCUGGAGAGCCGAAAGAUCUAGCUGUCCUUGCCAACACGGUCUGGAAGAGCCUGAAGGAUGCAGAUCCAGACGCUGUUUGGAUGCUUCAAGGCUGGUUGUUCUUCUACAAUCGAGAUUUUUGGACACGAGAAAGAGUGAAGGCUUUCUUGGACGGAGUACCUGAAGACAACGACAUGCUGAUUCUGGAUUUGUACUCUGAAACAUAUCCGCAGUGGCAAAAGUUGGACUCUUACUUUGGCAAGCCAUGGAUCUGGUGCCAGCUCCAUGACUUUGGUGGGAACCAGGGACUCUAUGGUCAAGUCAUGAAUGUAACGACCAGUGCAGUGGAAGCUUUAGCUAACUCGUCGUCGCUUAUGGGCUUCGGCCUCACCAUGGAAGCCCAGGAGGGCAAUGAGAUUAUGUAUGAUCUACUGUUGUCCCAAGCAUGGUCGUCUACCCCUAUCGAUUUACCUCGAUACUUCCAUGGAUGGGCAAAGACUCGAUACGCCGAUGCCUCAAGCGGCGACCUACCAAAAGCUAUAUACAAGACAUGGGACUCUCUACUGCGGACCGUUUACAAUAAUACCGAUUUGACGUCCGUCUUCUCAGCGCCAAAAUCAAUCUUUGAGCUUGCUCCCAACGAAACUGGUCUUUUGGAUAGCCCGACCCAUAUUCCUACCAAGAUCAUUUACGAUCCAAGUACUCUGACCUCAGCUUGGCGCACGUUUCUCGGUGCAGCCGACACACUGCCGUCUCUGCGGUCGAACAUGGCAUAUCAGUUCGAUCUUGUCGAUCUAACGCGGCAAGUGCUCGCGAAUGCAUUUCAUCCCUUGUACAAUGCGUUCCUUUCUCACACCAACCUUACAAGUGAAGGUCUUGACCACCAAACUUCUCUGAACGCCGCUACUCAGACCCAGAGCCAAAUGCUGUUGCUCCUCAGAACGCUCGACAACGUAUUACGAUAUACUCCGAGUAAAUCGCCUGAAUCAUCACUCAUUUCAUGGGUCAAUGCUGCUUGCUCAUGGUCUCAUUCCAACAAUUCCUGUGCAAAGGACACUAUGGCUCGAAACGCCGUCAAUCAAGUUACGCUCUGGGGUCCCAAGGGCGAGAUCAGUGACUACUCAUCACGUCACUGGGCCGGACUUAUCGGCGCAUACUAUGUGCCACGGUGGCAAGUGUUCACAGAUGCCUACCUAGAAGCAUUCAAGAACCACGUUUCUGUCAAUCAGACAAGCUUGAAGGAAGGAAUAUUGGCUUGGGAAAUGCAUCAGCAGGAGGGUGAAUUGGUACAGAACAUGGGCGAGUUAAAGAACCCGGCAGAGUUGUGGGAAGUGGUGAAACGCAUUGAGGAAGACUGGUGUGACUUCUUGGAAUGUUAG